AUGGCGACCACAAACGGGGCCGGACCGAAAGACUCGCUUCACGACGCAAGCCUCUUCAUGACUCAACUCUUAGUACAGCAGCAACAAUACUACUGCUUGCAGUUCAUCGACCACUUCCGAAUUCUUGAUGCCGUGCCCCUGCAACCUGGAAGCAACCCGUACGCAACAGUCGCCGCGCAGACCGGUGUGCCGGAGCCGAGGCUCAAGGCCGUCGCCAGGAUGAUCAUGACGACCGGCUUUCUCGCCGAGACCCCCGACGGGAGCAGCCUGGAACACAGCGCUCUCUCUGCGGUUUUUGUAGAGAAUGAACAUAUGCGCAUCCAAUUGCGGCAUCUGGUCGAGAAGACGGUACCGCUGAUGGGUGCCUUCACAAGGGCGACGGAGCUCUGGGGUGACACGAAGGCGCCCAACCAGACAGCAUACAACCUCGCUUUCGAGACGAACCUGCCAUUCUUCGAGCACCUCAAGUCUCGAAGAGACCUCAGCGAUGAGUUUGACUCGUACAUGAAGAGCCAGGCCGUAGCGCACUCAGGAGCCAGGGUCGACCACGUCCUGCGCGGGUUCGACUGGGCGGCGCUGAAAGCCGAGGCCUUAGUCGUUGAUAUUGGAGGCGGCGCCGGCGCCGCAGCCAAGAUCCUAGCCACGGCACACCCGCACCUCCGCAUCGUCGUGCAAGACCUCGCGGGGCCCAUCCACAACGCCCGCGGGCAGCUCGCUCUUCUCCCGCAGGAAGUUGCUGCGCGCAUCAGCCUUCAGAAGCAUGACAUGUUCGACGAGCAGCUGGUCCGUGGUGCGGACGUCUAUUUUCUCCGUACCAUCAUCCACGACUGGCCUGAUGCCGAAUCGAUAAUGAUCCUGCGGCGUCUCGUGGCAGCUAUGAAGCCCGAAAGUCGCAUCGUCAUCAUGGACAUGGUCUUACCUGCUCCCGGGGUGGGCUCGUCUUUGUUAGAGGCGGCACUGCGGCAGAAGGACUUGGCCAUGACGCAGACCUUCAACGCGAGAGAGAGGGAGGUGUCUGAGUGGGAGAGCCUCAUUGCGGCUGUGGACGAACGUGUGGUUAUUCGCGGAAUCCUGCGGCCGGAGGGUUCUCAGCAUUCUGUCAUUGAGGUGGGAUUCCGUAGGAGUAGUUAG